GUACAUUGUGUUUGUGAGCAAGCAUCAUGAGGGAUUCUGUAACUGGCCGUCCAAAUAUUCCUUCAACUGGAACUCUGGGGAUGUGGGACCUAACAGAGAUAUUGUGGGAGAAUUAGCGGACUCAAUAAAGAAUAAGACUGAUAUUCAUUGUCUGCACCAUUUCUUAUUUGAAUGGUUUCAUCCACUGUAUCAGAAAGACAAGGCCAAUAACUACACAGCACAGGACUUUGUCAGGACAAAGACAAUGCCAGAGCUGUAUGAACUUGUUAACAGAUAUAAACCUGACGUUGUGUGGUCGGACGGAGACUGGGAAACAACAGACGUAUACUGGAAUGCUACACAGUUUCUGGCCUGGCUGUAUAAUGAAAGUCCAGUGAAAGACACAGUGGCUGUAAAUGAUCGAUGGGGAAACAACAUCAGGUGUAAACACGCAGGAUUUUUGAAUUGUGAUGAUAGAUUUAAUCCAGGAAAACUACAAAAGAAAAAGUGGGAAAAUGCGAUGACCAUUGACAAGUUUUCUUGGGGAUACCGCAGAAGGGCAGUCAUUUCUGACUAUCUUACAAUGAAGGACAUAGCAAAAGUCAUAGCUACAACAGUAAGUUGUGGAGGAAAUGUGCUCAUUAACAUAGGGCCCACACAUGAUGGGAGGAUAGCACCUGUGUUUGAGGAGAGACUGAAACAAAUGGGUCAAUGGUUGGGGGUCAAUGGAGAGGCCAUCUACGAAUCUGUGCCCUGGAGUCACCAGAAUGAUACCAUCACCCCAGAUGUAUGGUAGGCAUCA